GCGAGCUCUCUUCACUUUCAACUUGUAAUCAAACGCCAUGUCGAUCCUCCAGCGCGCCGCCGACUACUGUGCGUCACCGGCCUUUGAGCGCGUCUUCGAAGAGUUCGCCGAGGAGCAUGCGUCGGCGUUCUAUGAUUCGGUCGACUCGGACGACGUCGAGCACAAGCACGAAUACAAGGAGUUGCACGAUGCCUACCUCAAGAUUUUUGAGGAUCGGCUGCAAGGGUUUCUCGAAGACGAAGGCGGGACGACAGCGCAGUUCUACGCAGCGUGCAAGGACAUUCUCGAUGAAAACGACGACCACGGCGAGUACACGUGGUUUGUCAAUCGUCUUCUCGCCUCUAUGGAGUACAAGCUUUUUUACGGUCUCAUGCGCAACGAAGCCCGGCAGCAACUCCGUCGUCGCAAGUAAAAAACGAAAAAAUGCAGCUGACAAUUCUGUACAUAUCCUA